GAUUGCAUCAUCUGUGGAGAGAUCAGGGCCACCACUACCUGUGAGAUGGGCUGCAAUUACAGUUUCCAUCUCCCAUGUGCUGUGAAGGGUGGAUGUAUCACCCAGUUCUGUUCAGACUAUAGGUCCUUCUGCUCAGAACACCACCCAGAGCAGACAACAGAGGCAACUCCAGAGGUGGAUACCACCUGCCUCAUCUGCAUGGACCUGGUGGAGGACAGAAAGACCUACAUUACCAAGGUGUACCUCACAUGCAAGCACACCUGGUUCCACAGCCUCCUUUGUUCCUCCUGCACUGCUAAGGGCACUCACAGAGGCUGCUCCCACUUGAACAGCACAGACAGUUGGGAGUGCAACAGUUGUGGUGGCCUCAGCAUCAGCAAGAGGCAAAGCACCUGUGCAGGGGCCAGGGGCCAG